AUGCAAUCAAUCGCUCGGCCGCUGUGCCGGCAAGCUCUUCGCCAGCAGCGUCGCACUCUCGCCAGACAGUCUAAGGCCCUCACCAUCUCGCGGCCAGCUGUCCAAAGAGUCCAGCAGUAUGCCACCUCCCACCGCGCCGACGAGAGCUCUGCUCGAUCCGCCGUUAUUAACGUCCUCAACAACAUUGCCUCCAAGCGAGAAGUCCAGCAGUACCUCGCCCAGUUCACCUCGGUCUCCUCCCAGCAAUUCGCCGUUAUCAAAGUUGGUGGGGCCAUCUUGACCGACUACAUCGAUGUCCUCUGCGCAUCCCUUCGCAACCUGAACCAGAUGGGCCUCUAUCCUGUCAUUAUCCACGGUGCAGGACCACAAUUGAACAAGCAUCUCGAGGAAGCUGGGGUGGAACCCAAGUACAAUGAGGGAAUUAGGAUCACAGACGGCAAGACACUGGGCAUUGCUCGCAAGCUGUUCUUGCAGGAGAACCUGAAGCUCGUCGAGGCUCUGGAGUCAUGGGGUGUCAGAGCUCGUCCAGUCACCUCCGGCGUACUUAUGGCAGACUACAAGGACAAGGAGACUUACGAAUUCGUCGGCGAGGUCAACCAAGUCAAUGCCCAGAGCAUCAAAGCUGCCAUUGCCGAUGGCUACAUUCCAGUGCUGACCUGUAUGGCUGAGAGCGAAGAUGGCCAGGUCUUGAACGUCAAUGCCGACAAAGCUGCUGCCGAGCUUGCCAAAGCGCUGGUCCCUCUCAAGAUCGUGUACCUUUCUGAGAAGGGUGGCAUCUACGACAAGGAGACUGGCAAGCUUAUCGAGGCCAUCAAUUUGGACGAGGAGUACGACGAGUAUAUGAAGAAGCCUUGGGUCAUUCAUGGCACUCGCAGUAAGAUUCGGGACAUCAAGACUCUGUUGGACGAGCUUCCACGCAGCUCUAGUGUGGCCAUCAUUCACCCCGAGAGCUUGGAACGUGAGCUUUUCACCCACUCCGGAGCCGGUACAUUGAUCCGCCGUGGCACCAAACUGCAGUCCGCUUCUUCCCUCAAAGAGUUCGAGGAUGUCAACAAGCUUAAGGAGACCUUGAUCCGAGACCGUGAGGGCCUUGACGCCGCCAACGUCGUCGACCGUUACCUUGAGAUCCUCGAGUCUCGCCCGUUCAAGGCUUACUAUGACGAAGGCAUGGAGGCCUUGGCCAUUGUUCUACCACCCGAGAAUGCUUCCAGCCAGCUCGGACAUUUGGCCACGCUCACCAUGACUCGCAACGCUUGGCUCUCCAACAUCGCCGACAACGUCUUCCAAAACCUCAAGCGUGACUAUCCCAAACUCGCAUGGACCGUGAAGCAGGACGAUGAGAAUCUGACCUGGUUCAGCGAGAAAGCUGACGGUUCCAUUGCUCGACGUGGCGAGGUGCUCUUCUGGUAUGGUAUUGACACUCCUGACGAAGUCCGUGAGCUCAUGGCCGAGUUUAUUCAACACGGCCGCCAAAUGUUCGGCGAUAUCAACCUGGAAUCGCAGCUUCACCGAGCGGCAACGGCUGCUGAGCGCAUUCGCAACAAAGCUGCUGAGCUUGCAAGGGGUCGACAAACCCAAGCAAGAGCAUUCAGCACCAGCGUGAGACCCACGAAGCGGGCUCGCAUCGGAGAGAUGCAACAACAGUUCAGGUCCUACACCACGAACCCUAACCCACCUCUUGGAAUCAAGAACAGCGAGAAGGACUACCCAUCCAAGAUUGCUGUCAUUGGCGCUCGUGGCUACACCGGUCAAGCUCUGAUCGACCUCCUCAACAGACAUCCCAACAUGGAUCUCUGUCACGUCUCUUCACGAGAACUGGCCGGCAAGAAGCUCAAGGGCUACGAGAAGAAGGAGAUCAUAUACGAGAGUUUGACUCCUGACGAUGUCCGUAAGAUGGCAGAGAACAAGGCCAUCGAUUGCUGGGUUAUGGCACUUCCGAAUGGCGUAUGCAAACCAUAUGUCGAUGCUAUCGAGGAGUCUGGGCACAAGGAGGCUGUAAUUAUCGACUUGUCGGCUGACUACCGCUUUGAUUCAACAUGGACAUACGGUCUUCCUGAGCUGGUUCAGCGCAACAAGAUCGCCAGCGCCACCCGUAUCAGCAACCCAGGCUGCUAUGCGACUGCUGCUCAGCUUGGUAUUGCCCCAUUGGUGCCAUUCUUAGCAGCGGCACCAGCAAACCCAACUGCCUUUGGUGUUUCAGGUUACUCGGGUGCAGGUACCAAGCCAUCGCCGAAGAACGAUGUUAACGUCUUGACGAACAACCUCCUCGCCUACUCGCUUACAGACCACAUCCAUGAGAAGGAGAUCUCUUCACAACUAGGCCGAGAGAUUGCAUUCAUCCCGCAUGUUGCUGUCUGGUUCCAAGGCAUUCACCACACAAUCUCUCUGCCACUCGCAGACAAGAUGGCGAGCCGAGACGUUCGCCAGCUCUACCAGGAUCGAUAUGACAAAGAGAAGCUCAUCAAGAUCUCCGGUGAAUCUCCUCAGGUCAAGAACAUUUCAGGAAAGCAUGGUGUGGAGAUUGGCGGCUUCGCGGUCCACUCAGGACAGAAGCGUGCGGUUAUCAACGUGACCAUUGACAACCUUCUCAAGGGUGCUGCCACUCAAUGUUUGCAGAACAUGAACCUUGCGCUUGGGUAUGGUGAAUAUGAAGGCAUCCCACUGGACUGA